AUGUCGGCGCCUAGUCCCGGAGGCGAUGCCAACGCGGCUCCUGCAGCUCCUGCACCACCACCGAAGCCGCGGCUCAAGCUCAACGUGAGCCGCUCAUCGUCUUUUGUCGGAGAUGCUGCAGUGACACCUGGAGGGGCUUCUUCGUCCGCACAUGCGCCUCUAACGACGCCUGGCGAGGGCCCGCGCAAGGUGAAGCUAAAGAUCAGCUCGUCACAGCCGCCGACGCCGGCGGGAGUCUCAGCGAACAAGGAUGUGUUGAUGAAGGACGUGGGCAAAGAACAAGAGACCAAGAAAGAGAAAGAAAAAGACAAGGAUAAAGGGUUACCACCAGUGGUGACGACGAAAGCGGGCCGACAAGCGAAACCGAGUCAGAAGCUCAUCGAAAGCAAGAAGCGCUCGCUUAGCGACGACGAAGACGAGGCGCCGCUGCGUGGAAGCACGGCUGGCACCGUGGGCAAUGGCCCCCCGCCCGCGACAAAACAAAAAAUCAAGAUCAGGCCCAUCGCCAAGCCUCGUGGUCGUCCGCCUGUGCAUCCUCCCGGCGAUGGCUACGACUCCGAAGCCAGCGACAAUGAAGUCGACCCGGCGAUCGAAGAGCAGUUUAUCCUACGCAUGUUGCCCGGCGAGCACGCAGACUACGUGCGCACGUGUAUGGAGAAUGGCAAGAUUGGGCUGCCCAAGGCGGCAGGGGGGGCUGAUAUUUACAUGAGAUUUUUCGAAGAGGACUCCAGACGCGGAGUUGUGACUGUCAAGGGCCAGUGCUUUGCGGCUGUCAUGGUCGAUUUGCCCACCAUCACGGAGUCGAUGAAGACGUGGGACCGCAAGUCAUUGAUGAAGUCGGCAGACAUCUGCCAGAUGUUCUACGUAUUCCAGGCUGUUAAAAGCGAAGAGGAAGCGAGGCACGCGCCUCUGCCCAGCAUAAUUGACUCAAACUUCAAGUGGCCGCAUGGCCUGACACCGCCUAUGCACGACUGCGUGAAUCGACGGUUUGCCAAGACCAUCAGCCGCAAGGAAAUCGAGGAUAAGGAAGCUGAAGUCGAACGACUGCUCACUGAGGACGCUAAGUGCGCCUCCACGAAAUGGGAAUGGGUCGAUGAACGUGAAAACGGCUUGGACGAAGACGGAGAGGAGGACGCUGAAGGCGAAAUGGACGACAGCAUGGGCUAUUUCGGCCAACAGCACGUCACCAUGGGCGUCGAGGAAGAAAACGAUUUCGAUCUCGAGGCCGAUCUGGAAGCAGCCUUUGCCGAUGAACUCAUGGCCGAAACUCCCGCUACUGCCAUGGACACCCAAACUCCUACGGCUGCACUCGCCGCAACGCCUUCGGCCUCGAUGCUACAACAUAGCAUCGAGGCAAGCGAAUCUGAAGACGACGAUGAUGACGAUGACGACGACGACGACGAUGAUGAUGACCUUGAUGAAGAUGCGCGUGCUCAACGCGAUGAGGAGCAGGGCGUCAAGGACAUUAUCAACGAUCUUAAGAAGCAGCUCGCCGCUCGCGUGGCUGAUUUUGAAAGGACGCAGAACAAGAUUCUCAGGACUCGUCUUGAGAACCAGAUCAAGCAGCUCAAGUCGGAGAUUGAACUCAAGCAGUCUUCCAUUGGCAUCGAGGCCGAUGAUUAA